AUGCAGGCAGAUGUAGAAUUCUUCACGGAAUAUGGUGAAGGUAGUCGGUAUAGAAUUGAGGAGGUAAUUGGCAAAGGCAGCUAUGGUGUCGUGUGCUCGGCAUACGAUACUCACCUCGGGGAAAAAGUCGCUAUCAAGAAAAUAAAUGAUAUUUUCGAGCACGUAUCGGAUGCCACACGGAUUUUGCGCGAGAUUAAGCUUCUCAGGCUCCUCCGCCACCCGGACAUUGUUGAGAUCAAACAUAUCUUACUGCCGCCUUCUAGAAGAGAGUUCAAGGAUAUAUACGUCGUUUUCGAACUAAUGGAAUCUGAUCUUCAUCAGGUUAUCAAGGCAAAUGAUGACCUGACGCCAGAGCAUUAUCAGUUCUUUCUUUAUCAGCUUCUGAGAGGAAUGAAAUACAUACACACAGCUAAUGUGUUUCAUCGGGAUCUGAAACCAAAAAAUAUCCUGGCAAAUGCUGACUGCAAGCUUAAAAUAUGUGAUUUCGGCCUUGCCAGAGUGGCCUUCAAUGAUACACCUACCGCAAUAUUUUGGACAGAUUAUGUUGCAACUAGGUGGUACAGAGCUCCCGAAUUGUGUGGCUCUUUUUUCUCUAAGUAUACACCUGCCAUUGACAUCUGGAGUAUUGGCUGCAUAUUUGCUGAACUUUUGACUGGGAAACCACUAUUUCCUGGUAAAAAUGUGGUUCAUCAAUUAGACCUGAUGACUGAUCUGUUGGGCACUCCACCUCCUGAAACCAUUGCAAGGAUAAGAAAUGAAAAGGCUAGGAGAUACUUAAGUAGCAUGAGAAAGAAGAAGGCGAUUCCUUUGUCCCUCAAAUUCCCGAAUGCUGACCCAUUGGCCCUACGUUUGUUAGAAAGAAUGCUCGCUUUUGACCUGAAGGAUAGACCUUCUGCCGAAGAGGCCCUUGCAGAUCCAUACUUCCGGAACCUGGCUAGGGUUGAGAGAGAGCCUUCUGCACAACCAGUGACAAAAAUGGAAUUUGAAUUUGAAAGGAGAAGGAUCACAAAAGAUGAUGUCAGAGAGUUGAUAUAUCGGGAAAUUCUUGAAUAUCACCCGAAGAUGCUGAAAGAGUAUCUGGAGGGAGCUGAACCCACGAGUUUUAUGUAUCCGAGUGCCGUUGACAAAUUCAAGAAGCAAUUUGCGUUUCUUGAAGAGCGUUACAGAAACGGAGCAGCUUCUCCACUCGAGAGACAACAUUCAUCAUCUCUGCCCAGGCCAGCUGUAGUGUACUCAGACAGAUCAAACCAGAGCACGGCUGAUGUUGCCUAUGAUCUUUCAAAGUGCGCAAUUAACGAGCAAGUCGAGAAUCCACAAAUUGAUCGGUCUUCUCUACUUACUGUGAUGUCAAGGUUACCUACCCAAGUUCCGCCAAGUAUCCAAGGUAGAGGAGCUGCAAGGCCUGGGAAAAUCAUUGGCCCGAUGAUAGGGUACAACACCUGCGAAGCAUCGGGCAAGACAAGAGAUGAGCGAAAAAUGACAAGAAACCCUAGCCUCCCAUCCCAGUAUGUGUCCUUCCCAAGAAAAAACCCGGGCUGCAAGAUUGAAGAGGGUGAAGGCGUGAAUGAAGGCCUCAAUGGGAUCCAGCCCAAGCCUGAUCUUUACAUGGCCAGAAAAGUUGCUGCGGCCCACGGGAAUCACUGGUAUUGAACUUUAAGUGGUGACAAUAAUGCCUGGGUGGGAAACAUCAAGUUGCCGAGCUUAAAGUAAUGGACACACGCACGAUUUGAUAUUUCUUGGUUCGUGUUGCCUCUGGGUUGUUUUCGUAAGAAAAGACCUAUUUGGUGGGCUUCAGCAGGUUGUUAUAUAAGUUUUUACAGCAGUGGUAGGCUGGAUUACUAUGUUUUGUGUUCAUUCGUACACGAUUGAAGUCGAAGGUGAAGUGGGAGUUUGAAGUGAACGAUCAGCAGACUGGAUUUGACCGUCAAGUUUUGAUGUUUAAACCUUGCCUAUCAUACCUAUGUCUGACUUUCUACUUUUGUAUUAUCUGUGUAAUUUAAUGAAAUUGUAUCACUUAGUAAUUAACUAGAGUAGGAUGAAAUUGUUUUGUAUUUAUGAUUUUAAUCUGUAUGGACAUUUUGUUGGAUUCAAUUGUUGGAAAGUCAAGCUUGUGUAAGAUGGAUCAGGACGGUUACCCCCUAUUUCAGAUUCCGGUAGUCUUUUAGUAGGUAGUUUUUAGUUUUUUGUGUGUUGUUAUGGUACUUCAGAUCCUUUUGUGGGUCAGACUGGUCGCCUUGGCACCUUCUAACCUAGGUUUAGACGACCCUUUUGGGUGGAUUUUCCUUUUUUCGUUUGUUUACUGUAUUUGGUUAGACAUGUGCAGACAUUUGUACACCUUGGCCCAUUAGAGUAUUGAUAAGUUAGGGAUCCUACUUUAAUGGGAAAUUUUCACCUGUG